AUGUACGCGGUCAACACGAUGGCACGACAGGCGGCUGGAAGCAGGGCCAAGAAGACCAGCAAAAAACCAGCACCCAAAUCAACGAACGAGCAAGAGAAGGAGAAGCCAGAAGAAACCCAGACCGCCAAACCCUCAAAACACGAAAACACCCUGACUAGCUUGACCAAUUCGAUCCUCACCCUCUUCAAUAAGUCACAACACGCCUUAACCAGCCACAGAAAACUCGUCAACAAUCUUCACAGCCUGUUUCUGUCAUCAACGGAGGUCCGAGAGCAGAUUGAGAGUGAAGGCGGAGCCGACAAGACUAUCAAGUUGAUCGGAGAGAAGAAUUUCACCGAGGCAUGUUACACGGUACUCGACAAUCUAGUCACUACCAAGAAAGGCGUCGUCGAAGCGGAUCGAGUGGUUCGAUUCUUUGGGGCCUUCUGCGCGUUUGCCACCGAACAUGACCCUCACAAAGAAUCUGCUGAUCAGACGCCUACCAAUCGAUUCCUGCUCCAUUCCAUCAAAUAUCUCAGCCGCGGGUUUGAAGCCAAGAACAGAUUUGUCCGUUUUCGAUGCUGCCAGCUCAUAGCAUAUGUCGUCAACAGCUUAGAAGAAAUUGAUGAUGAUUUAUUCAGCGAUUUGAAACAUAAGCUGCUCAUUCGGAUUCAUGACAAAGAAAAGGACGUGCGACAACAAGCCGCAAUAGCUCUCAUGAAUUUUCGUCCAAUCAACGAAGAAGAUGAGGAGGAAGACUCUGAAGAAAACGUCAAUGACGCGUUAAUCGACCUCAUGAUCCGUGAUCCGUCGUCGGAAGUCCGUCGAACGGUUUUGCAUAAAUUAUGUGAAACACCCUCCGCUACGACUCUCCCUGCUAUUCUCACUAGACUUCGAGAUAUCGACCCCCUCAUACGCCGAAUGGUAUAUCGUGACCUCUAUCUGGCAACGCUCGCCAAGCCUGAACCCACACUUCCACCCGAUCCGUCCCAGUGUUUCACUCUAGACCAGCGCUAUACAAUUUUGAAAGGCCUCAAAGAUCGUGAGGAAAGUGUGCGUAAAGAAACUGCCAACUUGGCCAACUGCUGGAUCAAGGUGGGCUUCAAAGAGAACAUUGAAGCGUUCCUGGCUACCAUGGAUUUGAUCUCCUUGGGAUUCGGCGAAGAGGACGAGGAUGAGAAGAACAAGAUUGAGAACAUCGAGCACGUAGUGAAAACAUGGCUAACAAGUCAUGGAUUGGACCGCACGGUGGAUCCUGACGAUGUCGAUGAAAAUGAUCAGCCUGAUGAGUUUGGGUCAGACGCUUGGUGGUCAAACAUUAACCCCGAAAGGGCGUUUCUGCUACGUGUUGCUGCUGAACAUUAUAAAUCUUUCUCGGAUGAAACCAAACUCGACGAAGUCAUGCCCGUCGUGACUGCGCUAGCAUUUCGCAUGGAACACAAUUUCCAGGCUUUGACUGAACUGCUGCAAUCGGUCGAAGGACUAUCGCCCAGCCAGAUAGAAGAUGAAGAAACAGCAGAGAAAGUGCAACUGGCGGCACAAAAGACAUUCGUCCUCCGGGAGUUACUCACGGUGGCGAUGUUGGCUGAUUAUGGCGAUGAAAGUGGACGACGGAAGAUGUUUUCAUUGUUACGUGAUCUAGUCUCCGAUCAACUUUUGCCGCAUUCCUUGAUUCCCGGAUGUCUCGAAGUAUUAUCCAAGUUAUCAACCGGCGAAAGAGAUUUCAUGCGAGUAAUUGUCGAAUUGGUUCAAGAACUCCGGUGUAAUUUAGACACCGACCCCAACUUCACCACGAGCAAAAACGUUGAUGGCGACCCCGAAGGCGGCGACAACAAUGAUGAUGAUGAUGACAGUGAACCAGAUGAAGGAGCGGGAGAGGCUAGCUUCAGGAAAGGUAAAGAUGGAAAACUGCAAGUUACUACCUUUACACUCAAUCCAGCCAACGCCGACUUGGACUCUCGUUGCUUGGAGAUUGUGAAGUCUCUAUUGGAGCGAGUCUCUGGUUCGAUCAAAGACAAUACGAGUAUGUUCGGAAUCGUUCACGAGUUGAUUGUUCCCGCUGUAAGAUGUAAGGAUACACCGAUUCGUGAACGGGGUCUGGUAUGUUUGGGGCUUUGUAGUCUAUUAGACAAGCAAAUCGCAUUGGAUUCAUUCGGAGUUUUUGUUCACCAAGUCCAAGCCGCAGAGAUCGAUCUCAGGAUCAAGGUGCUAAAAAUCGUCUUCGACUUGCUGCUUCAGCAUGGGAUUGAUUUCCUUGCUGAGAAGGGACAUGGGCCGGAAAGAGUCAUAGAAUUUCUAUUAUACUCGUUGGAUCAAGACUCUAAAGAAGUUCAAGCAACGGCCGUAAUCGGAAUAUCCAAGCUCAUGUUAUCGGGAAUCAUUACUAGUUCUGAGGUCCUUCAAAUGCUUGUUCUCGUGUAUUUCUCGCCAGAAACGUGCGAUAACCAAAAAUUACGACAAUGUUUGAGCUACUUCCUUCCGGUGUAUUGCUAUUGUUCAUCUGUCAACCAGCGUCGAAUGCAAUCGAUGAUGCUGCCAGCGUUAGAUGUGUUGGGUGGGGUAUAUGAUGACCAAGAAGAUAAGAGUGAGAUGUUAUCACCAAGCCAGAUUGCACUGCAACUCGUCGACUGGACAGACCCCUCCAAAGUGGUCGUUCUACCAGGCUGCAAAGUAGACUGGGAAUUACAUUUAGAUGCCGCUAUAGAUAUCCUCAAAAAUCUUUACCGGGUUACCGAAAAGGACGAACGAAAGAUGCUCUGUCAAAUGUUGUCCAAGUUGACACUCCCUGAUACACUCGAUAACGCCAACAAGCUGCGGGGGUUGUCUUUAUUGAUCAGCAAACUCGGUGACAAACGUCCACUUACGGACUCGCUCUCUCGAAACGUGCUCAAGAAGUUUCACACGUCCUUGGAAAAACGAUUUGCUGAACAACUAGGCGACGAUCCCAAGAAAACAAGUCCAACUGACAAAGAGGGCGAAGAAGAGGACGAGAACUUGAAAGAAUAUACAGACUUCCUGGAUGAAUUCGAUGAAGACCAAGAUGAAAACGGAAGUAGUGAAGCCGAUGAUCUCAACUCUGAUCCCGACGCUGCAAAUGAUGAUUACAGCGCGAAAGUGGUGAUCAAGAAGAAAACACCAACCAAAAAAUCGAUCAAAUCCGUGGCGAAAAUUUCAAUGGCAAGUCUCAGAAAUGAAGAAGUGACAGACAGUGGAAAUGAGGAGCCUGCCCCACGACGUUCCGGUCGGCCACGAGCCAGCCGACAACCAGACCCUAAAGUGGCGGCAGUCAAUGAAGACCUGGCAUCACUUAUUGGAAGCAGCACUGAUGAAGACGAAAGUUCCGAAGACGAGUUGACCGAAAAGGAAGGCUAG